AUGACGUUUGAGGAUUUCUGCGGAGGUCCUUUUUGGGACGACAAUCUAACAUGGCGGCCGGAAGAUCCAGAUCUGACGUUCUGCUUCCAGCGAAUAAUCCUCCAGUGGGUUCCGUGCUUCUUUCUGUACGUGUUUUCCAUCUACGAAGCAUACCGGAUAGCGACGAGUCACUAUCGGGACAUUCCUUGGAAUUGGUAUAACUGCUCCAAAAUGGUCAUCUCAUGCCUGCUGAUGAUACUCUCCUGGAUCGACCUGGGAAUGGUUGUCAACUAUCACAAUCAAGCGAAUGUGUUCGACGUUCAGAUACUUGUUGCGAUUUUCAAUGCAAUAGCAUAUAUCACCACAAUCGUGUUGUAUUACUUCUUCCGCAAGUAUGGUAUUCGCAGUUCAGGAACGAUAUUCAUUUUCUGGUUCCUGAAAGCUUUCUUCGGAAUCAUACAAAUGAGGACGGAAGCCAUGCUUCACGCGGAGCGUGACUCCCCCAUCGGAGCAAGCGGCAUCGUAAUCUUCGCUGAAUACCAAUUCGUUAGUUACACUCUGCAGUAUUCCUUAAUUUGUUUGAUGGUCCUCGUGGAAACAUUCCCGGAUCAAGCACCACGCUACAGCGAUUUUCCAAAGAUGAAAAAUCCUAGUCCCGAGCUGAAGUCAAGUUUCUUCGUAAAACUGCUAUAUUUGUACUUCGAUGCCUUCACCUGGCGGGGAUUCCGCAAACCACUGACCGACGACGAUAUGUACGAUCUCAAUCCGGAUGACACCUCACGGGAGCUUGUUCCACCGUUCGACAAGUACUGGAACGAGAGUGUCGAGAAGGGACGACGAAAGCAGAUGGCUGCUGACAAAAAGGCAGGCAAAGUAAAUCCCGUCUACAAACCGCACGCAGCUACCAACGGUUCAACACUGCCGGCCAUGGUCAAGGCAUAUGGAGGACCAUUCUGGUUUGCGGGUUUGCUACAGUUGUGUAUUUCUGGACUACAAUUUGCCUCUCCGUAUCUUAUGCAGGAGCUAAUGGCCAACAUUGCAUUGGACGGCCCAUUUUGGCUGGGCAUGAUGAUCACCUUUGCACUAUUUUUAAACUCUUUCCUGAUAGCUCUGUUCAACGGACAAUACUUCCGAAAGACAUUCCUUGUUGGAUUCAGAAUUCGCACCGGACUAAUCAGCGCCAUUUAUCGAAAAGCUUUGCGCAUUUCCAGCUUAGCAAAAAAGGAUACAACGGUUGGAGAAAUUGUCAACUUGAUGGCAGUUGAUGCACAACGAUUUUUCGAGUUGGUUCCCUAUCUGCAUGUGCUCUGGUCUGCACCAUUAAUCAUCGCGCUCUGCAUUUACCUCCUUUACGAGAUUUUGGGACCCUCCGUAUUUGCUGGGUUGGGAGUUAUGGUUGUGAUGAUUCCACUUACCGGAUACAUCGCAAGUAAGAUGAAAAAUCUUCAAGUCGAACAAAUGCGUAUAAAGGAUGAGCGGGUUAAGAAAAUGAACGAAAUCCUCAGCGGCGUUAAAGUGCUUAAACUAUAUGCAUGGGAACCCAGUUUCGAGAAGGACAUUGUUAACGUACGAGCGGAGGAAAUACGCGUUCUGAGAGGCAUGGCGUACUAUGGUGCAGCCACCUUCUUUGUGUGGAGCAUGGCACCUUUCCUGGUUACGUUGGCUUCGUUCACCGUUUACGUUUUGGUUGAUGAAAAUAACGUUCUCGACCCAACAACAGCUUUUGUUUCGCUGGCUCUGUUCAACAUACUGCGUUUCCCGCUUGCUAUGUUCCCAAUGAUGAUAACUUUUGCGAUGCAGGCUUGGGUGUCGGUCAAGCGAAUUAACAAAUUUAUGAACAGUGAGGAGAUAGAUCCCGCCAAUGUGACCAGCAAUCCAAGCCACGAUGCCUUGUUAAUCAAGGACGGUACAUUCACCUGGGGAGAGGACACGCCAACGUUGAAGAAUAUUAACCUAGCGGUAAAGAAGGGUAACUUAUCAGCGGUAGUCGGAAGUGUCGGUACAGGAAAGAGCUCACUGAUAUCUGCUUUGUUGGGAGAAAUGGAAAAGACCAAAGGUUCAGUAAACACGGAUGGACGAAUUGCCUUUGUACCGCAGCAAGCGUGGAUUCAGAACGCAACCCUUCGAGAAAAUAUUCUUUUCGGGAAAGUAUUUGAUGCACAGAAAUAUGACCGUGUGCUGGAAAGUUGUGCUUUGAAACCCGAUCUUGCUAUGCUACCAGGUGGUGACGCAACGGAAAUCGGUGAAAAGGGAAUAAAUUUAUCGGGAGGACAGAAACAACGAGUCGCACUAGCCAGAGCAGUGUACGCCGAUGCAGAUAUCUAUCUUUUCGAUGAUCCCCUUAGUGCAGUCGAUGCUCAUGUUGGCAAACAUAUCUUCGAGAAAGUUAUUGGACCUCAGGGGAUGCUGGUUGGACGUUCAAGACUUUUGGUAACACACGGAAUAUCGUUCCUUCCAUUCGUAGAUGAAAUUUUCGUUAUGAAAGAUGGAGAGAUCUCCGAAAGUGGCACCUACAAGCAAUUGCUCGAACAAAAGGGUGCAUUUUCUGAGUUCCUGAGUCAGCACAUACAAGAAUUGGACGACGAGGAUGAUGAGCUACAAAUCAUUCAGGAAGUAUUGAAUGACGAUGUCACUCGAAAAAUCGUUCAACGAGCAAUGUCCGUCCGAUCCAACAAAUCUAACGGAAGCGGAGGAAGCAAACGUAAAAAGAAGGUCAGUCGUCAAGAAUCUCGAAAUAGUAACAAACCGUUAGAAUUGAAAGCACCAGCGGCAGCUGGAACAGUACUGAUCGAAAAAGAGGAAUCUGCCACAGGAGGAGUCAGUUACCUAGUCUAUUUGAAAUACUUCAAAGCAAUUGGGUUGACCAUGGCAUUCUGGUCCAUUUUCUUCAGUGUACUCAAUCAAGCAGCAGCAAUGUACGGCAGUAUUUGGUUGACUGAUUGGUCGGAGGAUCCAGAGGCUGCCACAGAUCCUUCCGUGCGUGAUAUGUAUCUCGGUGUUUACGGCGGCCUGGGCGGAAUACAGUCACUCGCUUUACUCGUUGCUUCGAUUACUUUGGCACUUGGAUGCUUAAAAGCAGCUAACACGAUGCACAACAACUUGUUGGAAAGCACACUACGAAUGCCAAUGUCUUUCUUCGACACAACCCCUCAAGGUCGCAUCAUGAAUCGCUUCUCAAAAGACGUAGACGUAGCUGAUAACACUCUUCCCAACUCCAUCCGUAUGUGGCUGUUGAUGUUUUUCAAUGUCAUUGGCGUGUUUAUCAUGAUCGGAAUUUCCACUCCAAUUUUCCUAGCGACUGUACCGGUGUUCCUUGUCAUCUACUAUAUAAUCCAAAAACUCUACAUCGCAACUUCCCGUCAGCUUAAGCGAUUAGAGUCAGUUACUCGAAGUCCAAUUUACUCACACUUUGGUGAGAGCAUUACUGGUCAAUCAACUAUCCGCGCCUAUGGGCAACAACAGCGAUUCACAAAAGAGUCUGAACAACGAGUCGAUUAUAACCAACUGAUGUCAUAUCCCAGCAUAAUUGCAAAUCGGUGGUUGGCGAUUCGGCUGGAGAUAGUUGGGGCGGUUGUCGUAUUUCUUGCAGCUUUGUUUGCCAUGCUAAGUCGUGAAACUAUCGGAGCCGCUAUGGUAGGAUUAUCAAUCACCUACGCUCUGAACAUAUCCACUGUAUUGAGUUUCCUAGUUCGAAUGACGUCUGAAGUAGAGACAAACAUUGUAGCGGUCGAACGUUUGGAAGAAUACACCGUAUUACCACGGGAAGCAUCCUGGGAGAAGGGAACUGUUGCGAAAUCCUGGCCCGAUCAAGGAAAAGUGGAGUUUGCUGAAUACAAAAUUCGUUACCGAGAAGGGUUGGACCUAGUCAUCAGAGGUAUUUCGUUGAAUGUCGAAGGAGGGGAGAAGAUUGGUAUCGUGGGUAGGACGGGUGCCGGCAAAUCUAGUUUGACAUUGGGAUUGUUCCGCAUAGUGGAAGCGGCUGGUGGUCAAAUUAUAAUCGAUGGUCUGGACAUCUCACAGAUGGGAUUGCAUCAGUUGCGAAGCCGUCUAACUAUAAUACCUCAAGAUCCUGUUCUGUUCUCGGGAACACUACGCAUGAAUGUCGACCCGUUCCGAAGUUACUCUGAUGAUCAGGUUUGGAGGGCCUUAGAGUUGUCACAUUUGAAAUCCUUUGUUAAAGGAUUAGCAGCAGGUUUGGAACAUGAGAUAGCGGAAAAUGGCGAGAACUUGUCCGUCGGUCAACGACAGCUGAUUUGUCUAGCGAGAGCCAUCCUUCGGAAAACUAAGGUACUCAUACUGGAUGAGGCGACCGCUGCCGUUGAUUUAGAAACCGAUGACCUCAUUCAGAAAACCAUCCGAUCACAAUUCGCUGAUUGUACUAUUCUAACAAUCGCCCAUCGUCUGAACACCAUUUUGGACUCGGACCGUGUGUUGGUGCUGGACAAGGGUCUUGUAGCUGAAUGUGAUAGCCCACAGAGAUUGCUGGCUGAUAAAAGCACAAUAUUCUACGGCAUGGCGAAAAAUGCGGGAAUCGUGAGCUGA